AACAAGCAAGGGGAGGGUCCAGAGGUGUCGUUGGACAGUGCCGACGGCGUAUUUAUUUCCUACGCAGAAGAGCCAAGGCAAAAAGACAGAGAAGCUAACUUCUGCAAGGAGGCGCUGGAUGGGAAAGGCGAUGCCUGCAGCGGCCUUUGCAGACUCCAACUCCAGCACCAUGAACGUGUCCUUUGCUCACCUCCACUUUGCCGGAGGGUACCUGCCCUCUGACUCCAAGGACUGGAGGACCAUCGUCCCGGCUCUCCUGGUGGCCGUCUGCCUGGUGGGCCUCGUGGGGAACCUGUGUGUGCUUGGCAUCCUCCUUCACAGAGCUUGCAAGGGAAAGCCGUCCCUGAUCCACUCCCUGAUCCUGAACCUCAGCCUGGCGGAUCUCUCUCUCCUGCUGUUUUCCGCGCCUGUCCGAGCUACCGCGUACGCCAGAGGUGUUUGGGACCUGGGCUGGUUUGUCUGCAAAUCCUCUGACUGGUUCACCCACACGUGCAUGGCAGCCAAGAGCCUGACAAUCGUCGCCAUGGCCAAAGUCUGCUUCCUGUAUGCAAGGGACCCAGCCAAGCAAGUCAGUAUCCACAGCUGCACCAUCUGGUCGGUGCUGGCGGCCAUCUGGGCGGUGGCUGGCCUGCUGCCCCUGCCAGAAUGCUUCUUCAGCACCACCAGGCUGCACGCAGGCGUGGAGAUGUGCCUCCUGGAUGUGCCCGCGGUGGCCGAAGUGUUCAUGUCCAUCUUUGGUAAGCUCUACCCUCUCCUGGUAUUUUGCCUGCCGUUACUCUUUGCCGGCUUUUAUUUCUGGAGAGCUUAUGGGCAAUGUCAGAGACGAGGAACUAAGACCCGGCAUCUUAGGAACCAGAUGCGCUCAAAGCGGCUGACGGUGAUGUUGCUCAGCAUGGCCAUCACCUCGGCUGUCCUGUGGCUCCCGGAAUGGGCAGCCUGGCUGUGGAUGUGGCACCUGAAGGCUGGCGGCCCAGCCCCACCCCAGGGGUUUACAGCCCUGUCUCAAGUCCUGAUGUUUUCCAUCUCCUCAGCAAAUCCUCUCAUCUUUCUAGCGAUGUCAGGAGAGUUCAAGGAAAGCGUGAAAGGCUUAUGGAAAUGGAUGACCAAAAAGCAACCAGCUGCCGCAGAGUCUCAGGAACCACCAGCUGGGGACUCGGAGGCCCUUCCUGACAACAUUCCCUCUCCAGGGUCCCCAGUAUCCACACCAGAGAAAGAGGAGACCGGCUCUCCUGCCUCCAGGAGAGAAAGAAGCCAGAAGGCAGAGAUGCCCAUCCUCCCCGACGUGGAGCAGUUCUGGCACGAGAGGGACACAAACCCUUGUGAGCAAGACAAUGACCCUAUCCCCUGGGAGCAUGAAGAUCGAGAGACAGGAGACUGUGGUAAAUGAUUACGUCUCAAAGCAAAACUAAUUUGCGAUUCUUGUAUGUACUUGUACUGCUGCUGAUCCACAUGGCUGACUUUACCAUAUAAAACAUAAAAUGAUUACAUUUAGGAAUUACAAAUAUUGCUUCAGUCUGCAUUUUCAAAAUGUGCCAUUUGGUAAGUAGGACGCCACAUUAGGAGCAGUAAUUAUGUCUCAGAAUUAACACCUGGCUGCCCAAAGGAUUGUGUUGUGUGGUGUUUCUACCACAGGGACCAGAGAGACCAGCUCUGUGGUCCUGGUUCACAGGGGCUGAGUCACUGGGUUCUCUUGGGGACCAGCUCUGUGCCGGCUGGAGUGCAGCUGGUCUAACGAUGAAGCCUUUCCUUUAGUUUCCUCCUGAGCCUGCUGGCCCUCACUUCCCGUCACAUAACCAAAGCUCAAAAUCCACAUCCACGGAAUGAGAUUUGUUCUUUAACAUGUUAAUGAAUACAUUUCAAGGAGUUACCUUCAUUUGCUUAAAAUAAGUACAUUUACUUGAUGAAAACGACUGAAGUUGCAGAAUAAGGAACAUCACCUUAUCCCCGAUUCUGGGCUAAUUUCAAAUCAUAGCCAAGUUUAAGUAUAUUCAAACUUCACCUUACACUAAAACCUGCUUUUGUUGAUCUUUGUAAUGCCACCUGAGUCCUCAGUUUCUAAGUCUAAGGAUUUUAGCAGCUUAGUUAUGACAUUCUGUAUUCUGAUAUGGAGAAAGAACUUUAAAAAACUACCCCUUUCUCUUCCCAAUUAUCGAUUCUUCCCAAAUACAGGAGACAGUUACUCUUCUACAAGUUGAAAUCAAUCUGUUCCUCCCAAUAUCUCCUUUCUCUCAAGAUAAAACUAUAAGUUAUGUCUAGUGAUAUAGUUAAUUACUGAAGGCAGUAAUCAUAUCAUAAAAGGGGGAUAGAGAUGAACUUCCUUGUUAAAUGGCAUUAAAUGUACCCAUAACAUUGAACUUGAACCCUGCUCAACAUUUAAAAUGCCUCAGAGUGCCGGGCCAGUGUUGCUCAGUGGUUGAGCAUUGACCUAUGAACCAGGAGGGCAU